GAGACAACUUCCUUCCGGUUUGCCGGGAGUCUUCAGCUGUUACUGGAACUGUGACUCGUUUUGCAGCCAGUGGCCCCUCAUGGAGCGCCCGGGGCCCAGCGAAGGUUCAGAUACGUCGGGACCCGACCCGCAGCUGGCGGUCACCAUGGGUUUCACGGGUUUCGGAAAAAAGGCCCGCACAUUUGACUUGGAAGCAAUGUUUGAACAAACUCGAAGAACAGCUGUGGAAAGAAGUCGGAAAACACUGGAAGCAAGAGAAAAAGAGGAAGAAAUGAACAGAGAGAAAGAAUUAAGAAGGCAAAAUGAAGAUACUGAACCAACACCGUCAAGUUCAAAUGUAGUCAGAGAUUGCUCGAAAUCAUCAUCCAGGAACACAAGCAGCAGUGAAAGUGAACAGAGUUCCAAUUCUUCUGAUGAUGAGUUAAUUGGCCCUCCCUUACCCCUCAAAAUGACGGAAGAACCAUUUAAUCUUGAGGAAGAUAUCCUUGGUCCUUUACCCCCGCCUCUUUGUGAGGAAGAAGAAGAAGACGAUGAUGAUGAUGAUUUGGAAGAGGAGGAAAAUCCUGUCCACAAGAUUCCUGACUCUCAUGAGAUAACACUGAAGCAUGGCACUAAAACAGUUUCUGCAUUGGGUCUGGAUCCUUCAGGUGCCCGUUUGGUGACUGGAGGAUAUGAUUAUGAUGUUAAGUUUUGGGAUUUUGCUGGAAUGGAUGCUUCUUUUAAGGCAUUUCGUUCCCUUCAGCCCUGUGAAUGCCACCAGAUCAAGUCGCUACAGUAUAGUAACACAGGGGACAUGAUUCUUGUUGUAUCUGGAAGCUCUCAGGCCAAGGUGAUUGAUAGAGAUGGUUUUGAAGUAAUGGAAUGUAUUAAGGGUGACCAGUAUAUUGUGGACAUGGCCAAUACCAAGGGUCACACAGCAAUGCUUCAUACUGGUUCAUGGCAUCCCAAAAUAAAGGGAGAAUUUGUGACUUGCUCAAAUGAUGCGACUGUGAGGACAUGGGAAGUUGACAAUCCAAAGAAGCAAAAAAGUGUAUUUAAACCACGGACGAUACAGGGUAAAAAAGUAAUUCCUACCACGUGCACAUAUAAUAGAGAUGGAAACCUCAUAGCAGCUGCCUGCCAGAAUGGAAGCAUACAGAUCUGGGAUCGAAAUUUGACCGUUCACCCUAAAUUCCACUACAAACAGGCUCAUGAGCCAGGCACAGACACUUCUUGUGUGGCCUUUUCCUAUGAUGGUAACAUCCUUGCCUCUCGUGGAGGUGAUGAUACCUUAAAAAUAUGGGAUAUCCGACAGUUUAACAAGCCACUUUUUUCAGCCUCUGGUCUUCCCACCAUGUUCCCAAUGACUGAUUGCUGUUUCAGUCCAGAUGAUAAACUCCUGUUCACUGGUACAUCUGUUCAAAGGGGAUGUGGCAGUGGCAAACUUGUUUUCUUUGAGCGCAGAACUUUCCAAAGAGUUUAUGAAAUAGACAUCACAGAUGCGAGUGUUGUCCGCUGCCUGUGGCAUCCAAAGCUGAACCAGAUCAUGGUUGGAACAGGAAAUGGAUUGGCUAAAGUAUAUUAUGACCCCAACAAGAGUCAGAGGGGAGCAAAAUUAUGUGUUGUUAAAACACAGCGUAAGGCGAAACAAGCUGAGACUCUAACCCAGGACUACAUCAUCACCCCUCAUGCCUUGCCUAUGUUCCGUGAGCCCCGCCAGCGGAGUACAAGGAAACAGCUGGAGAAGGACAGACUGGAUCCUCUGAAGUCUCACAAACCUGAACCUCCUGUAGCAGGCCCAGGUCGUGGUGGCCGGGUUGGAACCCACGGGGGCACUCUGUCAUCCUACAUUGUGAAGAACAUUGCUUUGGACAAGACUGAUGACAGCAAUCCCCGGGAAGCCAUUUUGAGGCAUGCCAAAGCAGCUGAAGACAACCCAUAUUGGGUUUCUCCAGCUUAUUCCAAGACUCAGCCCAAAACCAUGUUUGCCCAAGUUGAAUCUGAUGACGAGGAAUCAAAGAAUGAGCCAGAAUGGAAGAAACGUAAAAUUUGAAGAAUCUCUUUUGAGAGCUGUUUACAUGAGGAGGAGGAAAUGCAUCUCACCUGGUUAGUAAUCCUGGGAACACUUCAAAUGCCUUGAAAAAGCAAGUGGCGAUAAACGUGCAAUCUUUGCAUCCCCUCUCCAAGUCACUUCCUCUCGUACCAGAGGUCUGGAUACAGAAAAUAUGGCUGGACUCGCACCUGCCCUGGGCUGCUUCCAGCCAGACCUGGCACCAGGAUUAUCCGGAGCCUGCAAGUUGCAACAGUGACGCCAUGGAGUAUAGAUGCGAGGGACAGGGUGCACUGGGGAGGGAGGGCGUUUCAGGCACAGCCCAGCCCUGCGCUCACACUGCCUGCGACAGAGCAGGGGCUGGUGGUGACGCAAAGUAACCGGAGCUCCAGAGUUUCCUUCUGGGCCCCAACACCACGCCCUGGGGAGUCAGUCACGAGGCUGCCUGUGACAUAACCCAGGGUGGGUGUGUCAUCCAAGGAGGAGGCAUGCUCUCCUCUCCCACCCCAGGGCAGGCACAUUUCCACUCUUUAUCAUGUUUUUCUGGUCACCAGAAGUCACCACAUGCUCAGUGUCACCAUUUGCACGACCUCCAGAUUCCUCUACAUUGGCACAUAGAAGUGACAUAGAUGGUGUCACCCAGAGCUGUGCUGGCUCUUGCCUGCCUCUGGGUUUUGCAGAAGAUGCGUUUUCUGCUGGGGAUGCUUCUUAUUGAGGUGCCACUAUCUAUUCCUUAAACUCAGCUUCAAUGUCAACCUCUAAUUAAAUCAGGCCUCUGGGUUGUUUUCUAUUAUAGUGUGCUGUUUCUAUUCUUCACAGCAUUUGCAUUUAUCAUCACCGGGAAUACUGUUUUACUUUUUUGAAUAUUGUCUGUCUCCCCCAAAAAGUAUCAACUCCAUGAGGGCCACUGUUGGAUCCCGGGUGCCUCGAACAGUGCCUGGGACAC